AUGAGAGCGCUCGCUGGUAUGAUUCAUGGGGCCAUAACAUCUUUCUCCACUACUGUCUCGACCUGUUGUGGGUGGUCUGAUGAGAAGCCUUACUAUGUGCCCUAUUUUGAAUACCCCAGCCCGCCUACAACACCUCCUCAGCGGGUCUUGACCUACUCUGAUGACACGGACGACGGCUACUCUGUGACGCACAAGCGCAGUGUCUCGACCCUCUCGUUCCAUAUACCGCGGAAGCCCACAAACACUGGCUCUGUUUUUGACUCCCCAGGUUCCGAUGUCAUCAGACGACCGUCGCCUGCCAGGCUCAGGCCUUCCACCCCAUCGGACGGCCAGAAGCCUGGGAUGGAAGAUCUUAUCGAGAGAGUUGCCACCGCUAUGCUGGAACGAGACAGGCUGCAAGAACAAAUCGAGGAUGUGAUAGAGAGGCAAAGCAUCUACGUCAGCAGUAGGCCAUCGACGGCCAACGGGACUCGACCGGGAACCAUCCGUUCUGUCCGUUCGAAUGCGGACCUGGAACCCAUGCCCGAAGUGCCUGCUCUCCCUCCAAACGCGCCUUCUUUCAGCGAGCGUUUGAGUUUUGAUCACCCCCGUGCGCCGCCGGCCAAGGCUCCUACCUACGGAUCCUACCGUGGCAGGGCAUUCACCGAGGCCUCACAUGGAUCGACGUCGUCGGGCUCCAGUCGCCGGUUGGAGGGUCGUGCGCCGCCGCCGCCCUUGCCUCUGCUUCUUCGCCCACCCUUGAGGAAGAAGAAGUCAUUCUCCAGGGUCUCAAGCUGGCUGGGAUUCCCUGACGAUAUUGGCCACACCCGCAACAUCAGCCUUGACUCGAUCACCAACAAGCCGAUACCUGUCCAGGCUAGCGAUGGCUUCUACCAGGUUGCGGCUCCCACAAGAAAGGCCAGCUUCGAGUCCGACGAGACUCUGAGCGACUGGACGUCGGAUGGAGAUGCUCUGGAGGAGCAAACGGUGCCCACCAGUUGGAGCCCGAGCAGCAGUGCGACGGUCCGGGCUGUUGAUCCGCCGCGGACUGUGGUGAUGGGGCAGGCGCCCUUCCGGGAGAGCGUUGUCGGCGUCGCUUUCUGA